CAUCCUGGGUUGGCGUAGCCAUGGCGUCUCGUGUCCUUUGCGCCUGUGUCCGCCGCCUGCCCGCGGCCUUCGCGCCGCUGCCCCGGCUUCCCACGUUGGCCUUGGCCCGGCCGCUCAGCACCACCCUCUGCCCUGAGGGAAUCCGGAGGAGACCUGGGACUCUGCAGCCCGCCUUGGCGCUCGCGCAGGUGCCUGGAACAGUCACACAUUUGUGCCGUCAGUACAGUGAUGCACCCCCACUGACAUUAGAGGGAAUCAAGGACCGAGUUCUGUAUGUCUUGAAACUCUAUGAUAAGAUUGACCCAGAAAAGCUCUCAGUAAAUUCUCAUUUUAUGAAGGACCUGGGCUUAGACAGUUUGGACCAAGUGGAAAUUAUUAUGGCCAUGGAAGACGAAUUUGGGUUUGAAAUUCCUGAUAUAGAUGCAGAGAAGUUAAUGUGUCCACAAGAAAUUGUAGAUUACAUUGCAGAUAAGAAGGAUGUGUAUGAAUAAAGUAUCAGAUGUCUUUAUUCCAUGAAGAGCUUGAGUAUUUAUUAUGCACUGACAACCAAGAGUCAACCACAUAGGAUGCAUGUGGCUGCUGAUUGGAACUUACUCCAGGUUAUUUUGGCAAUAUUACCCCAAGAUGUAAAUGGCUACUUUAAAUCCCAGGGUAGCUGAAGAUUUGGCCACCAAAUGCAUGUAGAUGUUUCAGAGGUCCUGAGUUGUAGAUUGAUUGUAGAUUGAAGCUCUUUAGUACUGCUUGCCCUCGGGGCAGCUUGUCACUCAGCCUCACCCCCACCCCAUCCACCCAAAUCUAGCCUAGUCCCAUCACUAUGGAUGUGGCUACAGUUCACUGGCUCACACUGAAAUCUUUUUGCUGAAAUACUAAACACCUCUCUGCUCUUAAGAAUUCACAGGGAUGUUUUCAGUAAGGAUUCUGAGCUCUGAUAGGCAACAAACUGACCACAUACAGCAUUCCAGAGUGCAAAUCAGAGAACAGAAUACUUAAGAGUUGAUGUGUAGGUUCUGUGUGCAUGUUCACAUGUGUCAAAGAUGGAGGUUGAUGCUACGUGUCUGCAUUGUUCUCUUUACAUACUGAGGCAGGGUCCACUGCUUGCUGUUUCAGCUAAUCUAGCUGGCCAGUUUGUUUGGGUAAUUUCCCAUCUUUUAUGUGCUGGAUGACUCUCAUGAGCCUUUGUGGCUGGGGAUGGAGUUCUGUGAUUGAACUCAGAAUGCACGAGGCCCUAAGUUCUAUUCCCAGCAUUGAAAAAAUAAGACCUGGAAACAGUUCUAUCUCCAGCCCUUGUCCCCCAAUCCCUCUAGUUAAGCCUCUUCAGUCUCCUUGCUGUAUCCCCCAAACAGUCCUAACAUUGAGCCCUGCAGGAGGUCCAAGGAGACCAUUAGUUUCUGUGACAGUACCUACAGUAAUACAAGCUAACCUGUCCUGAUGUGCCAGCAACGUCACCCAUCAGGUGUUCGUGCUACAGUCCUGUAAGCAGGGUGAUGGUGAGAGAGAGUACAGAAGCUGCAUAGCCUGUGAGACCUACACUUCUGUCAAAACAAGGCAGGAUGAGUGAGAUGGUAACUUUGGGAAACAUGGAACUGGAAAGCACCAAGAAGAAAACAUUUAGGGUAACUAAGCUGUAUGUAUGUGAUAAGACAAAGUUAAAUUUCUUAGGCAGAGCAGUCAGAAUAACUAUACUGCCUGGAAAUAAAUAUUUAGGCAUGAAGCACAUCAGCGGCUGACUUUGAAAUGAAUCUGGGAAAAAAAAAAAAACACUAACUGAUGACUUGUUAGGGUGAGUCUUUGAGUUCACAGUACCAUUCUUUCAACUGUCUUUCAAUUUGUCAUAAGAUGGGAGAAAGCGUCAAUAUACAUUUGAAAAGGAAUCUACUAAGUACUUGUAAUUGGAUGUCCCCCAAAGUGUGCAUCACACCUAUAAUCUCAAGCACCCGGAGUCCCAAGCUAGUCUAAAACAAACACUGGGUGGGGUUGGCUGAACAGAAACAAAUCUGUAGAAUAAGAAAAGUUGCUAUUUUAAGCAAAAAAUAAAAUGCAUGUUUGGGAGAUUGAGGUGAGAGGAUUGGAAGUUCAAGAUUACCCUAGGCUGAGUUCAAGGCCAGCCUGGAGGCUACAGUGCAGCUUGUCUCAAAACAAUGAAGUAAAGAUAAGCAGCAUAAUCCUACUUCUAUAAAACAUGCCAAAAUGAUAAGAAAUAAGGUACCAAAGUGUGAAUAAGUAAUGGUCACUACCAAGACACAUCGGAUAUAUAUAUAUAUAUAUGGUUAACAAGUACAUUUUAAAAUAUGUUGUUAAUAAUUCAGCAAUGAAAACAGUAUUGUAAAGGGUAUGAAAACUGGCAUACUCCAGCCAAGGCUGAGGAUCAGGUGCCUGAGAAAGGCUUUUUUAAACUCCAUAGCAGCACACAGGAAAGGCAGGACACAGAAUUCAGCAGGAGCAGUAGUGACUGCAAAUGCAAGUGGCUACCCUAUGUAGCACACACCUUAGCUACCUAAGAAGUUCAAAGCCAACUAGUGCCAUGAGACUCUGUCUCAAAAAUAAAACACAGAAUAAAAAUAAGUGAGUAGUCAGCCUCUGGUCCAGGAAAUCUGUAGUGCACAGCCCAGGUGGUCACCUGCAGGUAAACAAGUGGCAGCAGGCAGUUAAGAGGUAGCUAUGGUCAGUCUACCAAAGGACCUUACAGUCUGAUUAAGAAGCUUGUUGGCCACUGUGGGACUCUCCGCAGGACAGAACCAUGUAGACACCCAAGGUGGACUAAAGAGGGUGACCUAAUUGAUGGUCACGAAAAAAGAAAAAAAAAAAAAAAAGCUUUGGAGACUGGGAUAAAGUAAUGGGUGGAGAAGCUUCUCUGAGUAACUUGAUCUCAGCUAUUCAUACAGCUGUGCUACUACUGAAAUCAGGAAUAAAAUGAGGGUCAGAUUUUAAGGGGUGCCAUACUUUCCAUCUGAGACAAUGAUUUAAGGAAUUUGUGGGAUAUCCAAGGAGGCAACAAAUAAACGAGCAAAAGCAUACCAGUGCCAUGCUGGAGCUAGGGCUCAUAAUCAA